GAAAUGAACAGGAUUUAAUGGCACCACGUGAUCACGUUUCCCUUCUAGUUCCAGUUCAUUGCUGGCUUCCACAGAAGUUUUUCACAAUUCACAUUGUGUUUGGGCGUUUUCUUGGGGAAAAAGACAACGAUACAGAGCUUGUAAGUACAUAAAUAACAGCUGGCGUUUAAUGCGUGGGCAAGAUGAAGAAUUUUGUAGCCUUUCAGUCACAGUUAGCUUCCAUUAUGGAAGUGCUAGCCAAAGCAGCUGUUGCCGAAAUAAGCAAACUUGUUGAAGAUGGGUCCGUUGUGUUGUAUCUGGAAGUAUCCCGAAGCCAUAAAGAAAUUGACAGUCUGAGGAGGAAACUGCAGCAGGUGGAGAGCGAGCUGAGGACGGCGCGAGAUGCAGCAGCGCGAGAGAGCCGCUCUAUUGGAGUCCAGGUUGAGGACCAGUUUGGAAGAGCAGAAAGAGUGUUUCCCACAGGAGUUGUAGUUGGUGGUGAUGAUGCUGGAGAGAGACGUCCCUUUGAACAGAAGCACUUUGAGGAGGAAUUUGAUCCACAGACAAGCGACACGCAGCCUGCGUUUGGAUUUACGGUGAAGGCAGAGCAAGAGGAAGAGCAUGUAGCCCAGACACUUAAUCAGACAGGAUGUGAACACAGCGCAGGAAGACUCAACGAUCUGGGCUCUGAGUAUGUAAUGUACAAGAGAGACAGUCAGCUGUGGACUUCCUUUACACAAGGGGACAAUGACAUUGCAACUAAUGAUGUGGUGUGUUCUGACACUAUGGAAAAGUGCUCACAGAGUCUGUCAGUUCACUCACCACUACAGCAUGCUCCUGCCAUUGUGGAAGUCUCUGGAAGCAUGCUAUCCUCCUUGGGGAAAGAUGUUCAUGUUGUUCAUGGUGUUCUUGUGAAAGAGGAAGCAGGUGGGCAGUGUUCAUACACUGAAGAGAAUAGAUCUGAGAUGGGUGGCACAGAGCAGACAGAGUACAGACAGCCUUCACUCUCAAUUAGUGAUAAUCAAACCUCACAGCUCUUUCAACCGCUGCAGCAGCCCUUAGACUGGCAAAUAGGAAUUACUGACAGAAUCGCAGAUCCAAGCUCAAACGGCCGCAAAAAGACCAGCAUCCACUGGAGAAGUGGUAUAGGGAAGAAACCUUACAGCUGCACACAGUGCGAGAAGAGUUUCAGUCGGUUCAUCGACCUAGAGAGACAUCAGCGGAGCCACACAGGAGAGAAACCAUUCAGCUGUGCACAGUGUGGAAAGGGUUUCAGUCUGAGGUGUAACCUUCUCAGACACGAGAGGGUUCACAGUGGGAGUAAACCAUUCGGUUGUACUCAUUGUGGGAAGAGGUUUGCUCCGGGAACUAACCUUAGAGCACACUACAGAAUUCACACAGGCGAGAGACCAUAUCACUGCACUCAGUGUGGGAAGAAUUUCACUCAGCUGGGUAGUCUUAAAGCUCACCAGAAAGUCCAUAGUAGAAAUGAAUUACUACAGUUUGGGAUGAGCUGUACGUGACUAUAAUAAGUUCAAAAACAUUACAUUUUAUAGUCACCAUAUUAACUAAAAUAUCAGAAACUAAUCUGCUGUGUGUAGAAGGACAAAGUUACUAUGGUCUUAUUGGUCUUCAUAGAAAUUUGUUUAUUAAAAAAAAAUAGAGGGAGAUGCAUAAAUAUAAUUUGGGGAAAAGGGUGUUCUAUGGUGAAUAAAUGACACCUGUGUGAUGUUGAGAGUAGAUUGAGAGGAUUGUGGGAAAUUUCAUUGAGCCAGUGAAGCUCUGGUCUAACUGUAAGGUUUUAUGAGGGAAAACAUGCUGGCAUGUUUCCAGCUAACAAUAAAGCUAUGGGUAUCCAUGACUGCCAAUUCAUUUACAGAUUCCAUACAUUCAACAGGUUUGUUGGUUCUCAUUACUAUUUUUGUCUUCACGCAUUAUUUAUCAAACCUGGGUCAAAUAAGUAUUUUAAAUACUUUAACUCUAUUAAAAACAAAACCAGUUUGGGUUUGCCUUUUGAUAUCGCCGACACUAUUUACUAAAGUCGGAUAUAGAAAGAACAACUUCUGGAUGUGAAAGAGGUUUGAUUGAAACUGCCCAAGCUGCCCCGAGUCAUCAUGCUUAUGUUUAAUACCAUAACCUAAUCCGCUUCUGUAAAGUGAUCGCUGCAAACUCAAACACUGGGACCAGUUGGAAGGUUGGCAAAGU